CUCUCAAGCCAAUUGUGCCAAUAUAUAGCUGGAAACCAACGAUGUCUGAGUGUCCCUCAGGCUUUUGAGACCAAGAACAGAGUAAAGAGAAGCUCUACACAAUGGCACCAAAGAAGGCCAAGAAGAAGGAAGCUGCCAGCUCCAAUGUGUUUAGCAUGUUUGAGCAGUCACAGAUCCAGGAGUUCAAAGAGGCUUUCACCAUCAUGGACCAGAACAGAGAUGGCUUCAUUGACAAAAACGACCUGAGGGACACAUUUGCUGCUUUGGGACGUCUCAACGUUGGCAACGAUGAGCUUGAUGAAAUGCUAAAGGAAGCCUCCGGCCCUAUUAACUUCACCGUCUUCCUCACCAUGUUCGGAGAGAAGCUCAAAGGUACAGACCCUGAAGAGACUAUUCUCAAUGCCUUUAAGAUCUUCGACCCAGAGGGCACAGGAAUCCUUAAAGGAGAAGAGAUAAAAUAUCACCUUAUGUCCCAGGCAGACAAAUUUACAGAGGCUGAGGUAAACCAGAUGUUCACAAAUUUCCCCUUGGAUGUGGCUGGCAACCUGGACUACAAAAACCUGUGCUACGUCAUCACCCACGGAGAAGAUAAAGAACAGGAGUAAAAACUGCCUUUCCCAUAUUUCUCCAUGUUUGUUCACGUCCAUGUGUGUGUCGUCUUCUCCUUAAGCUCUGUAUCCGCCUUUUGUCAAUAAAGAGAUAAAAACAA